UACCUUCCACGCUCGGAAUGUUCUAUUCUAAAUCGGAACAUCGAGAAUGUUUUGGACCUUGAACGAAACUGAACGAAACUGUUUUUUUUAGAGUUCGCGCAUGACUUAGCCUCUUACUAUCGCGCGCCUCCUCACAUUCCGACGUGCAUAAUCGUACUCCGUACGUGCUGCGACCACGAGAGAAUGGGAACCAACGAGAAUUGGCCCAGCCGCAAGCUGAAGUGCGCGAGUCAGGCGGAAAUAUUGCGAUCACAUCAACGGGAUGACGAUUUCGUUAAAUAUCUGCGGGAGAAACUCUCCGAGAUAUCGCAGAAUUUCGGAGUGCACGGAACGUUAAUUCAACACAUUCGGUCUGACAUUCCGCUCAAGCUGUUAUACUUUGUUUUCACGUCGGGCAUGGGCAAUCAGACGUUGGGCGAGGAGUACACCGGUAUAGUGCAGGCCAAUCUAGAGCAGCGUAGAGUUCCAACGUUAACUGUGAGGGUAUUGGCCGCAGUUUUAGAAUGCCUCGGUGAGAGAACGUUGCUCAAAUUACUGGAACGGUUACAAGCGCGCGUGAAUCAUCCAAACAGCGAGCUGACUCCAGCGGCAAUAACGUUUUUGAACACCUUGUUGUCAAGGUUGCGGACAAUGAUACCCAUAAUUGUAUUGUUCCACAAAGGGUUAUUUUACAUUUGUGGCAGAUACUACAGCUUAGGUAGGAGAAUUGCCGGAUUAGAUUAUACAAAGGUAUAUGGUCCUCGACCAGUAGACACUGUUAGCUGGGGAUUAAGAUUAUUGGGAGUUGCUACUCUAAUUCAGUGUCUGUUGAGAAUUUGGCAGAGCGGCACAUUGCAAGACACUACCGCUGUAAAUAAUGCUAAAUGCAUCAGUCACAAUUGUCAAUUGUGUCUCGAAGCAACGGCAACGACUGCGACGCUAUGCGGUCAUCUGUUUUGCUGGAGCUGUCUUAGUGAGUGGUUGCGCGUUAAACCGCAAUGUCCAUUUUGUAGAGAAUAUGUUCCACCGUCGAGAAUUGUCCACGUAAUGAAUCUGUAAUUUUCUGUGAUAAUAGAUUAUAUUUCUUCCAUAUAUACAUUAUACAUAAUGUAAAAACUGUAUAUAUUUAUUUACAUAU